AUGAUGUGGCACUGCUUCGACGAGCCGUACGUUGGCGCGGCGCAUGGCAUCGUCGGGAUCCUCAAGAUGCUGCUGGAUUGCCACAGCCUGCUGGCGCCCCGGAGCCAGCAGCUCGUCGUCGACACCCUCGGCAGGUUGCUGCGCUCACGCUUCGCCAGCGGCAACCUGCCCAUCAUCCUCGGGGAACGGUCGGACGAGCACGUGCACUGGUGCCACGGCGCGCCCGGCAUCCCAGCGCUCGCCCUGGCGGCCGAGCGCGCGCUGGGGGACCCCGACGGGCAGCUGCGGGACGCGGCGCUGCGGGCGGCGGAGGUGGUUUGGAGGCGUGAUCCCAGACGUGCAGUGUCUUGCGUGUUUCAACGCGGGGCCCCCAGGAGUCCCGACCCUCUCCCUGGAGCCAGUCGGUUUCCGUCGCGAGUCUUUUUCGACGGUACCGGGGCCCAGCGAGGGCCCCCAGAGGCUGAAAACAGCCAAGUGCAUCCCGUCCUGAUGCUUGAAACGUUAGGUGCUCGAUCACCCUUGUUGACUGCAGCCCUCCAGCUUUCGCGCCGAAGACCGCAGGAAACCUCCGAAGACCAUUGGAAACCGCCGAAGACCACCGAAGACCGCCGAAGACCGUCAGAAGACCGCCGAAGACGGUCCAAGGCCAAUGGGUAA